UGUAGGCCCACUGACUAGCCUACGAUACAACAUUAACAGUAGAGAUAUUGACAGUCUCGUAAUCGGUCGAUAAAUGCGCAGGUAAAGUUUACAAGCAGACCACUUGUCGACUGUUUGAAAAUGGAUGAGGCAGCCGAUGUGUCGGCGCUUCCAGUGGAUUUUGAAGGAAGCUUGGAUCCUGGCGGCCUUCCAGAAGUCACAUUGGGCAAUCACUCAUAUUUAGCAUCUGGGGAUCAAAGUUCACCCAUGUUGACAAAAUCUAAUAGUGGGAGAAUGUCCCCUGUCAGGGGCCGAACAAUGAAAGAAUAUGACCAGCAAAUCUCUGACCUCAAGAAAGAGAAUUUCAGUCUAAAGAUGAGGAUUUACUACAUGGAGGAGAGGAUGCAACAGAGAUAUGGUGAUGGACAGGAUGUUUUUAAGACAAAUAUUGAGCUGCAGGUUGAGAUAGAAAACUUGAAGCGUGACCUUAUGGACAAACAACUUUUAGUUCAAAAAGCUGCUGUGGCCAUGAAGACUCUGACAGACAACCAUGAGCAGACAGUUGAGACAAUGAGGAACAGGGUUUUGUCUGAAAACAAGGAAGAAAUGACGCGACUGAGGGACAUGGCAGAGAAAGCUUACAAAGAUUGUGAAAAAAGUCGUAAAGAAGCAGAAGAAGCUACAAAAAAAUUGGAACAGUUAAAACAGGCACUGGAGGACACAAGAGCUGAGUUAGGCUCAACAAGUAGAGCUAAGGAGGAGCUGGCUAAUAAAGUUAAAAGUGCUGAGUUUGAUGUGAAGACUUUGAUGUCACAACUAAAGCUCUCUGAGCAAGCCAGGUCAGAGCAAGACAAGGAAAAGACAACUCUCCUUACUAGGCAGAAGGAAUUAGAGCUUCAGCUGCAGGAUGCUAGAAAAGAAACUUCCAGGAAAGAGAGGGAUAUAAUGAGCCUGUCAAACUAUCUACAAAACCAGUCGCAUGUUGAUAGCACAUCCAUAUUGGAGCCUGUGCACUUACAGGAUGAAAUGGAUGAUCAGAAAGAAGCUCUAGAGAGACAAGAAGCCAAACUUAAAGAUCAACAAGGCCUGCUGAAACACAAAGAUGAUCUCAUAACUACAUUAGAAGAUGCUCUACGUAAGAUGGAAGCUAAAAAAGAUGAAGCUGAUAAUAAACUGGAGGAGAAGAUAGCUGAGCUAGACCAGAAAUGUAUUGUCCUAGAACGUUACAAAAAAAGUGUUGAGGGUCUGGUUAGAUCUGUAAGAGAUAAGGAAAAAGAGUGCAAGAAUUGCCAGAAGAAGCUAGAAGAAGCCGUGAAAGAGUUGAACAGCCUUAGAGAAGCUUUGCGAGCUGCUGAGCUGGAGAAGACCAAGGCUGUAAAUCAGUUAGCAGAAAGUGAGGACAGCAAGCAACGUGUUCAGCACCAGUUAGAUGAGGCAAACAGUGUAGCCGAGAAUCUGAUCAUGUCACUGGGCAAGAAAGAGGGAGAACUGGCAGGUUUUCAGGACCAGCUGCACAGGGCAAUGGAUGCACUCAACAAAAGUGAGGAGGCUGUGGAGGCCCUGCAGGCUCAGCUGAAUGCUGAACGUGCAGACUUUGACCAGAGGUUAAAAGAACAGGCCCUCAUGUUCCAGAAAUCUCCUAGAAAAUCUGAAACUGGACAUGAAAUGGAGGCACUCAGACGGCAAAUAGCUGAUUUACAGAAACUAAUUUCAGACCAGAAUGCAGAGCUGUUGGCUUUUGCAAGAAACAAGGGGGAGGUGAAUAAUCUAACAGAGGCAUUGAAGUCUAGAGACGAAGACAUUCAGCAAUUGUCAGACUUGCACAAAAAAGAGAUAGCUGCCUUGAAAAAAGAACUAGAGGCACUUAAAGCUGACAUGAGUGGCCCAGAAGCAAAGACUCGGAACAAGCCUGAUCAUUGGGACAGUGAGUCUGUACACAUGUGGAGUGACACAGUCAACAAGCUGGAGCUGCACCUGGAUCUCCCUCAAGGCUUGUUCCAGGACAUGAAGAGGAUGAUGGAGAUGCUGAGUCAAGACAUCUCAGCACUAGCCAGUAUGCAUGACUUGAAGGACUCGGCCAAAAACAGAGAUGAAAACACCAGUAAACUUUUACACAAAGAGAUUUCAUCUGUACAAAAGAUCUAUAGGAAAUUGGAGGAUGGGGUGGAGAAAAAUCGUCAGCUCCACAGUGCUCUUCUGGCCAGCUUGAAGAGAGAUCAGAGACAAUCUGAUAGCCCAGACAGUAACAGCUGUCAAGAUGGAGGUUACAACUUGGGCUCUACAAAUCACCCAGCCAAAGCAGAAUCCCCUGGUCUGUUGAAUAAUGUUGCCAGUAUAUCCAGCAAGUCUUGGUCCUCUACAGCCAUAGAAAGUGGGCCACAAUCUCCCAUGAGCAGAGAAAGUGGGCCACAAUCUCCUUUAAGUAGAGAAAGUAGCCUGAGAUCUCCAAUAAGACAAAAUGGGUUGAGGUCUCCUGUUAACAGACAUUCUAUUGGGGUGGAAACUUGCCCUGAUGUAGCAGACCGGUCCUUGCAGACCAGUGUCAUGUAUCCUAACAUUGAUCAGUGGGUUCAAACCUCACCCAGACCAGGCCACAACCCUGAGAUGACUGGGGUAGGAAGGGACUUGGAGAGUUUGCUUGAUCACACAUCAGCUCGUCCUGUCAGAGAUUGCUCCACCUCUGCUCAUCCAUCCAGGGACUUUGCUGCCACUGAUGUCCUUGACAUUGACAGCGUCUACGCUAGUCUGCCACCCAGACACGGGAGCGCUAAAAAAGUUACUUUGACUUUUCCAAGACACGGCACACAAAGCCCUGACACGCACAAUCACAGUCUGACAGACGACGCUAAGGGGAAACAACAGGACAGCUUAGAGGACUACCUUGACUUCAGACAGGGCGUCUCCUUUGAUGACCAUCACUUUGAGAUGCGCAGACACGACAGAGCCUCCAGUGCCCGGGCGGACUCGCUGAGUUACACGCCCAGUCCAACAUCAACUGACGUCAGCCUUCCAUCAGCGUCUGUGAGUCCAUCAAAGGAUUCCUGCAGUUCUGCCAGUGUUGUGAGUAAAGGACAAUCAAAAGCUGUUUCAAGUGAUCUAAGACUUAGUUACGACAGGCUGAGUGAUGCUGACAGCGGUGGAGACCAUUUUGAAGCUGAUGCUGAUGGAAAUGGCUACUCGCAUGGGUACAGGUUUGGUGUAAACCUCAUCAGUUUAGAUGAUGUAGAUUCUGGCACUAGCUACAAAAAACUGCCCUCUCAAGGCACUGUGGCUGAACUUGGCCCAGGGGUAACAAAUGUGACCUGCUUGGCAGGGGGAGGUGACUGUGGUCAAAAAGGGGAGGUCACUUCUAUGAACAAUUUAGCCCAACAUUCACAGUUAGGAAAAGAUAAAAAUGCAGUGAAUAGUUGUAAUCAAUCAAGGGAGGAAGAGCAGCGUGACUUGCUGGAUGACUCCAGUCAGACUGUGACUCGGAGCAGAAGAAAUAGCUGGGCAGAUGAGUUAGAGCAGUACAGAGUCAACCAGCCCAGCUCUGAUGAACUAGGAGAUACAAACAAUGCAAAUGUCUCAACUUUGUCAGCCUCAGAUCUUAAGAACCUGGUUGGUAGAUUACAGAACAAGCUGCAGCAACAGAACCAGGAAUUGAGGCAGAGGUUGAGUGGUGACCUAAGUGAACAAACAGCUGAUGAGGGAGAUCUAGAGGAUAAGAUGUCACUAGGCAGGAACCAUGUGAAGAGAACCAUGGCACCAGCCAAGGAGGAAACCAGAUCAAACCUGACUGGACCAGUUAAAGCUAUUGCUGGAUUUGACAGCUCUCAAACUUUAGCUUUGGAGCUCAAGAUCAAAGAGCUGGAAGACAAACUUGAAGCCACAGAAAACACUGUACGUCUACUCUCCAAGAAAACCAAGUCAUACAAGAGUGCACUAGAGGCAGCUGGUAUAUCUACUGCAGCCCUGAGCAGAUCAAGUAGUGAGACCUGUCUAACUGAUGUCACGAGGACAUCCCGCAGAUCAACUUCCAUGAGGAAUUUGAUGGAUUGGGAUAAUGAUGAUGACAAUGGACACAGUUGUGGCCAGAUUUUAAGCAAAUCCUGUGAGAAAGUCCAAGCUUCGGGACAGGCAAGACAAACAGGCCUUGAUGCCAACCAAAGACAAGUUGACUCUGAUAGUUCAAGUGUGCACAGCACCUCGGCAGAGCUCUCUGUGGAUGGUAGCCACCAACUUGACCGGCCACCCACAACUGACCUCGGUGGCAGGAACCAGGCAGGGAGCAGGCAUGAUGUGCCAGAUAAAAAACUGGAUUAUUUGAUUUCUCCAAACAAGAAUAGGUUUGACGGCAAGGCCUUCCUGAAAGAGGGCCAUGAACCAGUUGAGCUGACACGUUUCACCAACCUGAGCCGAUCAUUUAAUGUGACUUCUCCACCGGUCAAAGUUUUGGCCACACCUUCUACCACUUCAGUUCUGUCCCCUGACUCGACUACCAAAACCAUAGAGAUAUAUGGAUUAGACCUUCAGAGUACCAAUUGUCUCCACACAUCAGAGUACAACAACCUGAACCAGCCAACCACAGAUGGACUCAGCUCUGCUCCAGAGUCCAGAAACAUUGAGCAGAAGUUCACAUCCCCUGAUGGCAACAACAAGUACAAGGCUGAUGACGAGUCUGUGCAGGACCAAACUCAGGAUUUCAGGUCUCCAGGCAGGGGUGAGGGCCACAGCAAGGUCAACGUGGACACCACACUAGUGGACCAGAGUCUGUACCCAGAUGUCACUUACCACAGUAUGCUGGACAGCACCUUGUUGACUAAGCACAUUUUCAACAUCUCCACUUUCAGGGAGGACAACUCUGAAGUGUCUAAACUAAGUGUUGACCAGCUGAAAAUGCGAGUGGAGCACCUAGAACAGAUGAACAUAACGCUUAGAGAAGAAAUCUCAGUGUUUGAAGCCCUGCACCGCUCCACAGGCACACAGGUGUCCCUGUCCCUGGGUGAGGACCACAAGACACACCUGUCUAAUGAAGACCUGCUGCAGCAGCACCUGGUGGAGAUCAGGAAACUGCGCCAGAGACUGGAGAGGCUGGAUGUCACCAAAGAUCCAGAACAAUUGCUGAUCUUCCAAUCGCACACUCACCAACGUAUAGCUCGACAAGAUGCUAUGAUAACCCAGCUCCAGCAGCAAAUGGUGGAGAGAGAGACCAACUGGCACAGAGAUUUGGCUGAGACACAGCACAAAAUGGCCAGGGAGAAAGCCUUGGCUGUUGAGAAACUAGAACAGACCAUAGCGCAGCUACAGAAGACAAUAAACUCUCAUGCGGUGACCAUAGAGAACCAGGAGGUGAUGAUCCAAGACCUGAGGAAGGAGCUGGAACAGAAGGAGAGGAGUGAGAGGAAGAGGGAGGAGGAUGUGAAGAAAGUGGUAGCAGAGAAGCAGACGUUGGAGGAAGACUUGAUGAAGCGGGAGAAAGAGUUUCUGGAGAUGGAGAAGUUGAUGUUUAAGCUGGAGAUGAGCAAGGAGAACUCUGAGAGCGAGUGCAAGGGGGUGAUGGUGGAGCUGGAGGCCAAGGUCAAGGAUGUGCAGAGGCUGCACAAGGAGGUGGAGGAGUAUGAAGAGAGCUGUCGGUGCCUGAAGGAGAUCAUUGUCAAGAAGGACAAGACUCUGCAGGAGAGGUCGCAUCUUGUGCAGAGGUUAACGGGUGAGAAGAAUGCGAUGGAGACCAAGUUGAGCGAGAAGGAAAAUGGUGUUAAACAGCUGGAGCAGGAGUUAGACAAGCUGAGGAAGGAGAUGCAUGUCUUGACUUCAGUCUUGGAUGAGAAGGUGGAGCUGCAGGCCACUGUGAAAAAACUUCAGGAGCAAGUCAAGGAGAAGGAGAGGAGUGUGGAGAAGCUGGGGGCGGAGAAGGCCUCGUCUGUUGCUGAGGUGAAGCGAGUUCAGCAGGAGAGGGUUAGCAUGAGGCAGAGGCUGGAGGAGACAGAGGCGGAAAAAGUGAGGCUGGGCCAGCAGGUUGAGCAGCUGCAGCGGCAGGUCAGGGAGAAGAGUGGGCUGGAGAGCCAGGUGAGUUCACUCAAGACCAAGGUCCAGUCACUGACCGCGGAGAUGGAUCAGCUCAGCUCAGUAGUGGACAGCAAGGUGGCCCUGGAGGCGGAGCUGAAGGAACACAUUAAGGCCAUGAGUAGCCUCCAGCAAGAGGCUGGGGGUCUGAGAGAGCAGCUGGCCAAAGCUGAGUCCAGUGUACAGAAACUGGAGCAGGAGAAGCAGAGGGUGGAGGAGAGCUUGAGAGAACGUGAGGAGAAGGUAAAGAAGAGGGACAAACAGCUGCACCACUUGCUGGGCCAGUACAAGAAGCUGGACACCGCCUUCACUAAACUGAAGUACUCCCACAAAGAGAAGGUGGAGUUAACCCAGAGUUUAAGGAAACAGAUGCACCUGUAUGAGGUGACCUUGACCUGCUCCAGCCAGGAAGAGAAAGAAGAUGUGAUGAAAGAAUUGUUGAAGGAGCUGAUGGCCACACAGAGACAGGUGGAGGACCUGCUCUCUAGGCUGGAACAAAACAGUGAAGAGAACAAGCUAUCUGCAGAAAGCACAAAUAUCUUUACAACAACUACAAAGACAAGCUCAGUGACUGAAACACAUACUGUCUACAGUGGUACAAAGGAUGACGGACUAGAAACAAUGAAUGACUUGUACUAUAAUGUGGCUGACUUGGAUCAAGACAAUGUCCUUGCUGCUAUACCAACCAACCAACUCUCUCCACAUCGUCAUGUGACCCAGAAUACACCAACCCCAUUGCAGCAGCAAUCACCCAGACGGCUGAAAAAUUCCACAGACAACAUGUAUAAAGUUCCUUCAGACCUGAUCCCCCAGGGCUACCUUGGGGCUGACAUCCUGAAGCUGUUUGCUGUGCUGAAGCUGGACAUCUUUGAGAAGCUGAGGAAGGAGACCAAUGAAUGUCUGGUCACACUGAGUGGGGUGGAGGCCAGGCUGUCCAACAGGCUCAAGGUCUACAAGGCUAAGCCAGCCUCUGAGAGUGUGGACUACAGCACCAUGAGGGAGACCUCCAUGUCCUGCCACAACAUGAGGAUCUGUCUGGUCGAGGCUGCUCGUCUGGUGGGGACAGCUUGGAUCACAGAGUUGCCUCCCUUGGACUCACAGGGGCAUUUUUAUGACCCUGUGCUGACAGAACAGAACGGCACAUUGAAACAAGAGCUGACAAAACUGCGAGCACAGUAUGACGUCCUGAACCACACAGUGCAGGAGCAACAGGGCAGACUGACAGCCAACACUGAGAGACACAAGAACUGGGAGGCUUCACUCUACAAGCAAUUGUACAAGACUACCAGAGAUCUGGAACAAGCCAAGGAAAACAUCGACACAUCCUUAGCUGCCUUCCCCCCACCACCAAGACACCAAAGCUUCCGCCAUCACCAAAGCCCACAGAAAUCACCUCACAAAAGAUUUGAAGAUACUAUUUAAAUGAAACUUCCUGACAAAAUCCUGUGCCUUUACUCAAGACAUUUCCAUCCCACUUGCAAUAACUGUAUUGUGCUGUACUUUUUGCUUAAAGGGAAUUAACAUUAUUUACAGCUUGUAAAUAGCAUCACAUCACUUAUCAUACAGCUUGUAUAAACAUUAUAUUUGUUAGAAUACAACUGUACACAAGAUCUGUUAGUAUACAGCUUAGACCACUUUAGAUCUGUUAGCUUAUCCAACUUUUGAGACUGUUUCUAAACUCAAGAGCAAUAACUCACCUCCCACCCCACCAUUGUGUUCAUGAAACUAGGACAUUAUUUGUUAGACCAUGGCAAUAUCUUUGUUACACUUGUUUCAUGUGUUCAUUAUUGAAAUCUUUUUAUGGGUUUGUCCACUUGCAUUUAUUUAUUUUUAUUUAGUCUUCCAUGAGUGUCUGUACAUGACAAGGUGACUUGUAUUGUAGUCUCAUUUGAUCUAAAUUGACGGAGCUUUAUAUUGCUCUGUUUUAUUUUGUUAAAACAAAUAUGGAUCUGAAAUAGUGAUAUGAGUUUAUUAUUGUGGACAUAUAGAUAAUGUAAUUCAUUUGGUACUAUUUUUAAACUCAAGAUCUGAAAUAUUAGGUUAUUAUUCUUAAAGUGUUGAACUUGCAUAUUUCUAAUUGAAGUAUUUAAAAAUUAAAGAAUACCAAUAGUGGGUCACAUGACUUAGAAUGUGUAAUCAGAAGUACAAACAAUUGUUUUCACAACAACUGUCUCUGUUCAUUUUUGUACAAAACACUUUGAAUUCAAUGCAUUUCAUUCAUGUUUGAUAUUGUUCAGCCAUUGUUUCCUCUCAUGUGUUAGAAAGAAUUGUUGUUCUCUCAGUAUUCUCACUUUUUAUUCAGCAUUGCACCACUCUGUGUUAAUUGUUUACAAAUUGUUACAUUUGUUGACUUUGUUCUGUUGCAACUUUUUCUGAACCUCAGCAGCAUUCCUAAUGUUGGCGCUUGGACAACCUGGUUUCUCUUGACUCUUGGAUGUUCUUAAAAAGAAAUUGUUUUACACCCAAUGCCAAAGAAUGCAUCAAAUAAACUAAAAAAAUCAAAACAAUAUUACUAACUAGUUUUUAAAUGUUGAAGCCAAGUCUUCCCAGAAUUCAUUCAAAGCUGUGCCUUGAAAAAAAAAACCUCAUGUCACAGCAUCAUCUUAUGUCAUGUUUUCAUCCUCAACAUUUGAUUUUGUGUACAUAAAGUUGACAUCACUUGGCCAUGUAUAACAAUCAUCUAUAUUUUAAUAAAUGAUCUGUUUUGUAUAUUUAUAUAAAUGUUAAGUAAAAAAAAAAAUCUUUUGAACUCAUCUAAAAUGUUGGGACCAAAUUUCUUCAAGAUUUUAUUUUUAUUACCCUAAUGAUGGUUUCCUGUGUUCUGUGUGGUCUCAGUUUGAACCAAGUGCAAGUAUCUCCACUAGUCUUCCAACUGUAGCAGCAAAUCUUCCCAUAAAAACUGGUGUUAAAAUGUCUAUUGUAGAUGUCCCACUAAAAUUCACAAGAUAAGGUAGACAAUCCUGUGACUGUAUUGCUAUUAGAGUAACUUGGUGU